AUGGCAUCCUCGGACGACUCCUCCCUCAAAGCAGUUCAAGUCAAGCUCGUCCUUCUAGGCGAAGCUGCAGUCGGUAAAUCCUCGCUGGUAUUGCGAUUUGUUCAGAAUGACUUCAACGAGAAUACGUCGCCAACCAUCGGCGCGGCAUUCUUGACACAGAAAUGUAGGCUCGAGAACAGGGUGGUGAAGUUCGAGAUUUGGGAUACCGCAGGACAAGAACGAGUACGCUUAGACCGGUACCCAGAUCCUUUCCACUCCCUUGCGCCGAUGUACUACCGAAACGCCCAAGCAGCAGUUGUGGUGUACGAUAUCACCAAGGCGUCGUCGCUUGAGAAAGCCAAGGCAUGGGUGAAGGAGCUGCAGAGACAAGCUUCGCCCAACAUUGUCAUCGCUUUGGUCGGAAACAAGCUCGACUUGGUCAACGACGAUGCUGCAAGCUCAGCCGUACCCGCACCCCCAGUCGACGCGGCAGAUGACGAGGACGAGGUCAAGUCUACCGAUGGCGAGGACGACGAGGACACUGCCGACGAGGCGGGAUCCUCAAAGCCUCGUCCAGCUGCCGCAGCGUCCACGUCCGACUCGCUACGACAGGUGUACACUGCCGAGGCGGAGGCGUACGCCAAAGAGUCGAACCUGCUCUUCUAUGAGGCUAGUGCCAAGACUGGCCAGAAUGUUGGCGACUUGUUUACUGAGAUUGCCAAAACAAUCCCCAUCGACACUAUCGCACCCAAGCCGGUCCCUGCUGGCCGACGAAGCGGCGCGGCCAAUGCAGCGCAGACAGAUGGGAAUGUCAAUCUCGGCGAGGGAUCUCAGGCCAAGAAGGGCGGAUGUUGCUGA